AUGGGCAUUACAAGUUCCGCCGCGUGCCUUGAUGAUCACCUGCAUCACCUUGAAUUGACCUUCCAGGUAUUAUCUGAUAAUCAAUUCGUUUUGAAAAUAACCAAGUACUUCUUUGCCCAAAACCAGGUUGAGUAUCUGGGUCACUUGGUCUUGCACAGAGGGGUGGAACCACUAGCCUCUAAGGUUGAAGCCAUUCAACAAUGGCCAACAUCGAGGACGGUGAGGACUGUUCGCAGUUUCUUGGGGAUGGUCGGAUUCUAUCAAUGUUUUAUUCGUGGAUACGGUUCGAUAGUAGCUCCCCUAGUCCAUGUCACCACUUUGGCGGAAUUCAAUUGGUCACCACAGUCCCAGGCUGCCUUUGACCAACUCAAGCAAGCAUUAUCUCAGGCUCUUGUCCUUGCCCUGCCGGACUUUGACCUUCCCUUCACCAUUGAAAUGGACGCGUCGAGGGUUGGUAUGGGUGUAGUCCUGUCCCAAAGGAACCACCCCAUAGCCUUCUUCAGUAAGCCCUUUCCGCCAAAGUUGCUUUGUGCCUCGGCCCACAUCGUGAGCUAUUCGUGA